CAGGAACCAAAAGGCGAUUGUGCCAGCUUAUCCAAUUAUAUUUAAAUGUUUUAAUUACUAUUCAAUUGGUGAAUUGAAUUGAAUGUGUUUGGAUACGUUUCACAAAGUUUCGCUGUCAACCAAGUUUAGAUGGCAGGCUAUAAUGUAGUUGUUGGACAGCAACGUUGUAGUAGCCUACGUGGUCUAAUGCUAUCAAAACAAAUGCUAACAAACAAAACUGUCCAUUUGGAGGAAUCUAAUAGUGUUACUAGCUAGGUAGCUAGCUAUCACCAUUCUUAUAUUUCAGAUCACGUCAUUUUCGAUGUGGACGGAAUAAGUAGUAACAAUCAUACAUUUGCGGUCGCUGAAAACUAGCUCAUUAAAUUGGCUGGGUAGCAAGGCAGCUACUACUCACAUAGCAGGGGAUGAAGAAAGGGAGCUGGCGGGACAGGGACCGUGACCGCAAACGAUACAAUCGCCGCCCAGAAUGGCAGAGGGACCACUCCGGUCACAGAACACAGGAACAAAGGUAUGAAGGUGGAGCUGCUGGCCCAUCGCACAGGACCCAGGUGCACACUGGUGACACCAGCAGCUCAUUACCUGAGGCGCAAGCUGCAGCCCCAGAACUGCCAGGCUUCUACUUUGACCCAGAGAAGAACCGCUAUUUCCGGCUAUUGCCGGGUCAUAACAACUGCAACCCACUCACCCGAGAGGGGUUGCGCAAGAAGGAGCAGGAGAGUCAGCGGGUCCGGCUGCUCGAGGAGGAUGAGCAACCCAGGAAGAAGUCCCUGAGAGCUGGUCUAAACUCAACCUUGCUCCUACAAAAGAGACACCUGGGACUCCUGCCUGAGAGAUCGUACUGCAGGCUGAUCCACGAGCUGAAGGUGAGCAGCAUGAGGCGGCACAAACUGGACGUGCAGAGCUCGGACUCCAGCAGCCCCAACACCGACAACUUCCGCCUCAUCGUGGCGGACUCUGCUUGUGAGCGGGUGUUCACGGUGAACGACGUGGAGCACGGAGGCUGCAAGUGUGGCAUCAUGAACUUCCGUGGGUGCAGUAAAGGCUCGCUGUCCGUGGAGAUGUGCGACAACCUGCACUUCACCAACCGCAAGGUGAACUCCAUCUGUUGGGCUUCAGUGACACACUCUGACUCCCAUGUGCUAUUGUGUCUGGUGGGCAUUGCUGAGACACCAGGCUGUGUCAGCCUACUACCUGCUUCCCUAUUCAGCAACUCAAACCCAGACCAGCCGGGGAUGCUGUGCAGCUUUAAGAUCUCCACCGCCUGGUCGUGCGCCUGGUGCCUGAACCCGCAGGCCGACAAGAACUUCAGCACGGGGCUGUCGCGGCGUGUGAUCGUGACGGACGCGGUGACGGGGCGGAGGCAGACGUACGGGAUCAGCAGCGACGUCCUGGCGCAGCAGUUCGCCCUGCGGGCCCCGGUGCUGUACAACGGCUGCCGCUCCGGAGAGAUCUUCAGCAUCGACCUGCGGCAGAGAGCCCGGCGCGGGUCCGGCUGGAAGGGCUGCCGCUUCUUCCAGGACUCGGCCAUCACCUCCGUCCGCAUCCUGGACGACGAGAACUACCUCCUCGCCGCCGACAUGCUGGGAAAGAUCAAGCUGUGGGACCUGCGGGUAACCCGGGCGGUGCAGCAGUACGAGGGACACCACAACGAGCACGCCUACCUGCCGCUGCACGUCAACGAACCGGAGGGGCUGUUGCUGGCUGUGGGUCAGGACUGCUACACGCGGAUGUGGAGCUUAGGCGACGGGCGUCUGCUGCGCACCAUCCCCUCCCCCCACCCGGCAGGGAAGGACUCGGUGCCCAGCGUGGUGUUCUCCUCCCAGCUGGGCGGCUGCAGGGGCCUGCCGGGGCUGCUCAUGGCCGUCCGCCACGACCUGUACUACUUCCCCUACAACUGUGACUACCAGGACGGGACGGGGGCGGGCCCUCACUUGCUGAGACGGGGGCAAACCAGCCUGCUCGCGCAAGAUGGGCAAACGACUGCCGACGUGUCACAGGAAAACCAAGGGAGAGGCGCAGCCACGCAGGUCAAGAUGGGGGAGGAGCAAAGUUAGGCAGGGAAAGAGGAGUGGGAUUAUGCAGAGAAAGGUGUGAGGAGAGGCGCAGUAGGAAAGGCGAAGAAAGGCAGAACCACCAAGCGGCUGGAAAUGCACUUGGAGGAUUUACCCAGAAUUCCCUCCACAUGCUUGAGCCCCAUUUGAGCUGCAUUUGCACUGCCCACAAUGAACUUUUAACAAAGACUAUUUUUUAAUAACGACCUCAGAAAGUGCAAUUUGUAGUAACGGAUGGGUUUGUUUUAUGGGGGGAAAAACAGUUAGCCAUUUGCAGAUUUUUUUUUUAAUGAUACAGAUUAAAAAAUAGAAAAGAAUGUUAAGCAAUGGUUUCUAAAAAUGCAUUUUAUCAAUGAAAGAGUAUGUGCAUCAUUUUGAAAGGAUGUAAAGCGGUAAUAAACACUUUUGCAAUGUUUGACCACU